AGACGGGCUGCGUUCAUCUUCAGUUCGUCCACAUCGGUCAGCACGAUCGGAAUUUUCAAUUGCAAAAUUUGUCAGAAAAAGAACAACAGCUAAACAAAAAAGUUACUGGCGUUUCUUGUGUCAAUUUUUUAAAUUAUUCGUUGCAAAAUGGCGCGUGCAGUUCUAUGCAUGCUCGUCGCUUGCAUUUGGUUGCAAUGCGCAUACUCUGCUAAGUUUGAUGCAGAGAAUCGACGAUUGAUUGUCGAUAUUAACGACAAAAAGACAACGAAUCAACAAUACUAUUCCUCAAACUUUGACACAAAUGCCUAUCGAUAUGGCUACGAUGUUGGCAAGACUGGAAACUUCCACCACGAGACGCGUGGCCCCGAUGGCGUCACUUACGGCUGUUACGGCCUCAUCGAUCCCUAUCAUCUGCUCCGAGCCACACACUAUGUGGCCGAUGUGCAUGGCUAUCGGACAGUGGAGCCGGAGAAGCCAGUGGAGACCUUCCCGCCCGGUCUGUACAAUGAGACGAACGGCGGACCCUCAGAACCUGGCAUUCUGCUGCAGUGGCACGAACUCUACUUCCCCAUUGGCUGCGGCAAAUUCGAGGGCGGUGCCGUCCAUGAUAUACCCUACUUUGUAGUGGAUGAAAACAAAAACAAGAACAUUGGAACUUCCGGUUCCACGCACUUCGCCUCAAACAUACCCGUGCUCAAGGGUGAGGGAGUGAAGAGUUUGCCCAUCCAUAAGCCCACCGGACCCAAGGGUCUCUUCGAUGUGGAAGGAGGACACACACAUGCCGGACCUGGUGAUCAGGCGCCAUCAUUCCACUCGGUUGCAGCCCUUAGACCGGGCGACAGUGGUGCAGGCAAUAAUGGACAAUACACGCCCGAUCCGAAUCCCUACAAACAUGUUGUUGGCCCCGAGGGAGGUUUCGGCGGCUUUGGUCCCAACGGUGGACCCGUUGGUCCCAAUGGUGGAUUCGGUCCCAAUGGCGGACCUAAUGGUCCCAAUGGAGGCUUUGGCCCCAAUGGACCUAAUGGAGGAUUCGGACCAAAUGGCGGUUUCGGACCCAAGGGUCCUUCCGGACCUAAUGGUCCUAAUGGACCACCCGGACCUAAGGGACCUCCCGGACCACCUGGACCUCCCGGACCUGUCGGCGCGGGAGGCGGUGCCUCAGGAAAACCGGUAUAUAGGGAUGGCGAUCGCACUGGCAACGGUGCUGGUGGCAAUAAUGGUCGUGGUGAUAAUUACGGUCCCGGUGGCGGUGCCGGCGUUGGUGGCGGAGAUCGCACUGGCACUGGUUCCGGUGGCGGUGUUGGUGGCGGUGAUCGCUACAACACUGGCACUGGUGCCGGCGUUGGCGGUGGCGAUCGCCUUGGCCCUGGUGCCGGUGGCGGUAUUGGCAGUGGAGAUCGUUACAACACAGGUUCCGGCUCGGGUGUUGGCGGUGGAGAUCGCUACAACACUGGUGCCGGCGCUGGCGUCGGUGGCGGUGAUUAUCACCACACUGCCGCUGGUUCUGGUCCCAGUGGUGUCGGCGCUUACCACCCUGGCAGCGGUUCAGGAGCUGGUGCUGGCGGUAACACUGGUCCCGGUCAAGGCUCCGGCGUUGGCGGCGGUAAUGCCAGCGGUCCUAGCGGUGUGGGCGGUGGCAACGCUUACCGUCCUGGCAGUGGUGGCAACACUGGCAACGGUGGUGCCUACCAAGCAGGUAGCGGUGAUGCUUACCGUCCCGGUAGCGGUGGAAACACUGGUGCCGGUAACGGCGGUCGCCCAGGCAGCGGCUUUGGCGGCGGCUCUGGCGCUUACACUGGCAAUCAGCCCACCAACAAUGGCGCCUACACAGAAACCUAUACACAGACCAAUACCGGUUUUCCUGGGGCUGUGCAGUACACACCAGGAAGCGGUAAAUAUAACGGAAAUAGCGGACGCUAUACUGAUGUUCCUAAUGGCAGAUACUAUCAUGAUGAUUCUGGUAAAUAUGUUCACGUUGAAGGCCCAACCGGUCCUCCAGCUCCCCCAUAUGUGCACGUAGUUGGACCCGAAGGCGGUUAUGGAGGUGAGGGCGGCAAUGGAAACGGCGGUGGUACCGGACCUAACGGCCCCGGAGGCCCCAAGGGACCCGGCGGACCAGGCGGCCCAAAGGGACCCAAAGGACCACCCGGCCCUCCCGGACCACCAGGACCACCCGGACCUCCCGGACCCGAUCGUGGAGGACCAAAAGGACCUAAGGGUCCACCAGGACCUCCCGGACCACCUGGCCCAGACCGCCCAGGACCCAAAGGACCUCCCGGACCACCCGGACCCGAUCGCCCAGGACCCAAGGGACCUCCCGGCCCACCCGGACCCGAUCGUCCCGGACCACCAGGACACGGUGGACAUGCUGACUUGAGCCCACCUGCACCUGGUCCAUUCAGCCCAAAGGAUCCCAGACAUUCGGACAAGGAAACUCCUGGCUAUUUGCCACCAGAUCAACCGGCCAAAGGUCCCGGCUAUCACUAUUAAUACGGAACGACCAAGCCGUACAACACCAGUAAUUACGGCGAAACCUGCGUUUGUAAAAACGAACAGACGCACUCAUUUACCUCCUCCUCCACCACCUCUAACUAUCCCAACCCGAAUCCGGCCUCGGUCG